CAUAGAUUUGAUCGUUACACAACUUGGGCGAUGUUUGCAAGAGAUGAGUGGCCCUAUUCGGAAGAAUUUACCACGAAAAACCUUUACGGUCUGUUCGAAAACCAUCUGUUUACCAUGAUUAAUUGGAAAUACAUAAUAGGCGUACAUCCAUUCUACAUGAUGUUGGAGAAAGAUGGAAAAGCACAUGGCAUUUUUAUACUCAACAGCAAUGCGCAGGAAAUCAUCACAGCCCCUGGGCCUACACUUAUUUACCGCACGAUCGGCGGUAAUUUAGACAUAUACUUCUUCCCAGGUCCAACCCCAGAGGAAGUAACGCAGCAAUACCUAGCUUUGAUAGGUAAACCAACCCUACCAGCUUAUUGGAGCUUUGGCUUCCAGGUAAGCGUCGCACUUUUUUUCAUCUUCAACAGACGGCUACACGUUGCUUGGCAGAUCUCUCGAUGGGGUUACGAAAAUUUUGCUGAACUGAAGGAAGUGGUCAAAAGGAACACUGAAGCCGGAGUACCUUUUGACACAGUUGUCGGAGACAUUGAUUACAUGGACCGAUACAAAGACUUUACGAUUGGGAAGGGUGAUUGGCAAGAGUUUCCUGCUUACGCUGACCAAUUGCAUGAGCGUGGAAUGCGACUGGUUUUGAUGUUUGAUCCAGCAGUGCAGGCUAAUUACGAACCUUUCGCAAGAGCAAUGACAGCGGUGAGUUCCUUCCCCUGCACCUCCUCUCAAACCUAUCUAAACGGAACUUUUCAGAGGGCACGUUUCGUAGAAUGGGAACGCCCCGAUCAAGUUAUGGAAUCUGUUAAUAGUUUGUAUCCUUUGGUGGAAGGUACGAAAAUUAUGUUGGGUGUAGUGUGGCCAGAUAACCAUACGGCUUUCCCCGAUUUUCUUGAUCCGAGCGGCAAUACAGAAAAGUGGUGGAUUGACGAAUUGAUCAGAUUCAGACAGAAGAUAGCAUAUGAUGGCAUCUGGAUUGACAUGAAUGAGCCGGCGAACUUCGGAACAAACGAGGACCACCCAUGGUAUUUUGAUGAUCCCGAUCACCCAAAUAUUGAGCCAUUGAAGUGUCCAACAAAGGAAGGCACCCAAGAAGCACGUUGGGACAUGCCACCGUAUAAAACACAUAAUGUGUGGGUGUUUGGAAAG